AUGUCGCUGGGAUUUGGGAGAGCAGCAGGCAAAGGUUCGAUUUGGCUUGACACCCUUAGGAUCCCAACCUUUGAUUUUAACUUCGAAAAUGUGAUGCUUGAUUCAAGUCUAAACCAAUCACCUGACCAUAUAUCAGUCGGUUCAGUGCCAAAAAAGUCUAGUACUUCCUCACGAGGUCGACACCGUAAUUUCUCAUCAUCAACAUGCAAAGAUUUUCUCCGGAAGUUUGUGGACAGUGAACUUUUAACUUCAAGCCUUGAGGAUUGGUUCUCUGGUCACAGUGAAGAUUGUGGUUUCAGGAAGCCAGCUUUUGAUGUUCCUUUCGACCUUACUGAAUUACAGAAUUUUGACUAUGCUCUGGAGGGUGUUACUUUUCAGCAGCUAGUAAGGAUGCCAAAUGCUCUAUAUGCGUCAACAUCAGAUGUUUUUGAAGCUACUGCAUAUCUUGCUUUGGAAGAUUUCCUUCAUGCAGGCAUUAAAGGAUUGUGGGAAACUUUCUGGGGCCCUCAUGAGGCAAUGCCUUCCUCAGUUGUUUGUAUACACAGCUCAAGUUCCAAGUUUUAUCCUGCUGAGAAGGCUAUUAGCAGUGGAAAACUCGAUGGUGUUUGUGCAACUUCGGUACUGCUGAAGAAUUUGAAGCAUUCACAAGGAAGGUGGGAUCAUAUUGUCGUGUUGGCUUUGUUGAGACCUGAUAUUGGAAUGUUUGGAAGAGUGGUAAAGGUCCAAGGAGAUUUGAACAAGCUGGAUUUUGGUCUGAACAAUGUUUAUUACUGUGCUGCUGAAUGGAUAAAGAAACAUGCCGAGAUUUCAGUUUCUUCUAUAGAUCGAGUAUGGAACAAACUUGGGAAUGCUAACUGGGGAGACAUUGGGACCCUUCAAGUUCUCAUGGCUAUAUUCCUCUCAAUGAUCCAAUUUUAUGGAGAACCUAAGUAUUCUCUUGAUGAACUUGCCACAGAACAUAGUUCAAGGCUACAAAGUCGAAGAUCAGAAAGACAUUUAGUUGACAGACAAGCUAAUGGUCAUGGUUUAUUUCAGUUCCAACAGCCAAGUCAUUCUCCUGAAAUUGUCGAAGUACCGGAGGAACCAGCUGUUGAUGUGAAACCACAGGAAACCUUGAAGCUUGAAAUAGGAUCUGUUGUAUUAAUGGAUGAUGCUUACAUACAGAAAGGUUUUCAAAUCAAUGACAUCCUAACAGACAGUGAUCCUCCUAUUUAUACUUCUACUCCUGUAGAAGAACCUACCAAAACUUAUUUACUGUAUGUAGGCUCCAGCCCGUCUCAUUUAGAACUGUCUUUGAUGAAGCAAAGAGGCAUUUCUAGCAGAUAUAUACCACAUAUGGCAUCUUCUGGGCGGGUCAUCCAUCCAGGCACAUGCAAUAAGCCUAACUCAAAUGGAAAUUGUGGUCAUCCAUGGUGCAGUACUCCAAUUCUUGUCACCUCACCAGAUGGUCAGACCAUUUCAAAUCUGAUACGGAAUGGAUUGUUCGGUGUUGAGGAGGCACUGAGAUGUUGCCAUGACUGUUUAUCCGCUCUUGCUGCAGCAGCAUCUGCAGGAGUCCGUCACAGUGAUAUCCGGCCAGAGAAUGUGAUCCGUGUCAGUAAUGGUUGA